AUGCAGGCCCUGUUCCUCUUGGUGACCCUUCUCUUGCCUCCCAAAGACGGAGCUGAAGAGAUUAUUGGUGGUGUUAAGGCAAAGCCUCACUCCCGACCCUACAUGGCCUAUCUGGAAAUCACUAGCAGAGAUCAUGCUUCCAGUUGCGGUGGGUUUCUCAUAAGUGAACAAUUUGUGCUGACUGCUGCUCACUGCAAAGGAUGGAAAAUUAUUGUCACUCUUGGAGCUCAUGACUUAACACAGAAAGAACCCACAUGGCAGAAGCUGAAAGUCACUAAACAAAUUGUUCACCCAAAGUACAAUCCUUAUACCAGUCUCAAUGACAUCAUGUUACUGAAGCUGCAGAGCAGAGUCACGCUGACAUAUGCUGUGAACACAGUUGCCCUGCCUACUGCAUCUACUUUUAUUCAACCUGGGAGAAUGUGUCGGGCAGCUGGCUGGGGGAGAACAGGAGUCAUGGAGCCAACCUCAGAUAUUCUGAGAGAGGUGAAGCUGAGAAUCAUGGAUGAAAAUGCUUGUAACCACUUUCAAGAUUAUAAUAAUGACCUGCAACUCUGUGUGGGCAAUCCCAGGAAGAUAAGAUCGGCAUACAAGGGUGACUCUGGCGGACCCCUUCUGUGUGCUGGGGUGGCCCAAGGAAUUGUGUCUUAUGGACGUUUCAAUGCACAACCCCCUGCCAUCUUCACUCACAUAUCUCCAUAUGUGCGCUGGAUUAAUAAAGUCUUAAAUUACAAAUAG